AUGGACAGGCCUCCAUCGGCUAUGCCCUGGCCGAGGCUUUGGGUCUGCUCGACAAAGCCGUCGUCGACCGGCAGCCCGAGAUGGGGAGGGUCUGCUAUCCCAUGUCUCCUCGCAGAGACGGGCACCGGGAUGCACGUCCUCGGAAAGGGCCUCUUGCUCGUGGACGGGGCCAGUCAACUUCAACCGUUUUUUUCUUGCAUGGCGAGCUAA